UUUGUACGUAUGGCAGUGUAGCGAAUUCAAUUCUCACACAAACGUUUACCUACGGAUAGAGAGGGACAGGUACGAAAGGAAGUAGUGGGAGCAAUACGUUCACCUGAUGGAAGUAAACGUCAGGUUUCAGAGGUGCACCUAGGACAAAGUUAUGUUCCAUUUCGUAUACAGUAUGUUUUGCUGGUUUUGUUUGUGAAUUUUUUUUUCUCUAGCGACCGUGCGAUACUGUUCGAUUCGUAUCGGGAAUAUGGUGGGUUUUUGUGGGAUGAUUGAGAUUAAUUGCUGAUUUGGUGUUAGUGCCUUCGUUCGCAACGAAGCAGUGCAAUUAAUUCGUUACUAAUGUCAUUUUGAUAAUGCAGCUUCGCAGCAAUUCCAUGGAGUCACCAGAUGAAAGCCCUUUAGAGAACGACGGGAGUCGAAUGAGCGCGUUGGAAAAGAAAGUGAGCGACCAGCAGAACGAGCUCAUUUGCCUGAAAGCCACGCUCGCCGAGGCCCUGCGGAGGCUCAACGCCCUGGAGGUGGCGCAACAGACGUCCCGCGUGUCCCUCAUCCCCUCGGCGAACACCCCGAGGCGGCUGAACCCCAUCGGCAACGACUAUCCCAGGGAGAAUCACCGCAGCCCGAGGCCGGAGGAGCCCAAAAAAAAUUACAUCGCGUCGUUUCUGCCGCAGAGAAAAGCCGUCCACUAUCGUUCCACGGGUAGCCUGCAUAGCGACACGCAGAGUUCGAGCAGCGCCAGUCCCAUUCCCACGCCGUCUCCGAGGUCUACUCCGCUUCCUUCUAACGUGAAAAAGAACUCGUACAAUUCGAGGUACUCCUCCAGGAGCACGCCGUCCUUGCACAGGAAAUGGAACUCCACGGGGGAUUUCAACCACAUGCCUCACAGUGAUCUGCAUUCCAAAGCAAAAGAAAUGUCGUUUAACGAUGAAGAAAAAUUCGUGAAAAUGUUCCUCAGAGGUAAGCCUAUAAUUUUGUACGCGCCGAGUAUGCAAGAGAACUUCGAAAUGACGAAAGUAUCGAAAACUCCCAGUAAGAAAUUGAAACUCGAUUGGGUCUACGGCUACAGAGGGAAAGACUGCAGAUCGAACCUUUACUACCUUCCAACAGGAGAGGUUGUUUACUUCGUAGCCGCCAUCGUUGUUUUGUACAAUUCCGAAGAGCACCUGCAAAGACAUUACGCCGAACAUACGGCGGACAUUAAAAGCUUAGCGAUCCAUCCGAAUAAAAUGGUCGUUGCCACUGGGCAAGCCACCAGCCACAUCAAUGGCAUCGAAAAAAGGGCACACAUAAGGGUGUGGAAUUCCGUGUCCCUUCACACGCAAUCAGUCAUCGGAAUGAAUGAAUUCGAAUCGUCCGUUUGCUGUUUGUCUUUCGGGAAAUUCGACGGGUCUCUCUUACUAGCCGUUGAUGAUGUCUCAGAUCACAACAUUUCCCUGUGGGACUGGCAAAAAGGCGAAAACGGAUAUAAAAUUACCGAAACUAAGUGUUCUGUAGAUACAGUGGUUUCGGCGCAAUUCCACCCGCUGGACAGCAACAGCAUCGUGACUUGCGGCAAAUCCCACAUAGCCUUCUGGUCGAUACAAAUCAACGGGAAUUUGUUCAAACAGAACGGCAUUUUCGAUACGAGAGACCGGCCGAGGUACGUAACGUGCGUCAGUUUCCUGCAAACCGGCGAAGUGAUCAGCGGCGAUUCGAACGGGAAUUUGGCCAUUUGGGGCACCACCAAUACGCUGUUGAAGUACAUGAAGAACGUCCACGACGGAUCGGUGUUCUCGAUUUGCGUAACGAAACAGGGGAACGUUAUAAGCGGCGGAGGAAGAGACGGCAGGUUGAUCGAAUUCACUCCCAAUUUGAUGGCAACAGGAAGAGUCAAUCAGAUCGAGAGUUACUUUGGAGGCAUCAGAAUUGUGUCGGAGGGAAAGGAUUUCCAGAUACUAAUCGGUACCACGCACAAUUGCAUCCUGAGCGGUUCGUUGGAACUGGGAUUUCAACCGAUAGUGCUGGGGCAUGCGAGCGAAAUAUGGGCCUUGGAUUCCCACCCGAAGAUCCCCUAUUUCGCGACGGCAGGUUACGACAGAGUGCUGCAAUUGUGGGACUCCAUGUCGCGCACGAUUUUGUGGAGCAAAGACGUGGAAGAACAAGCGCAGAGCAUAUGCUAUUUCCCGGACGGCUUGUGCCUCAUCGUGGGCUGUGUCAAUGGAAAAUGGAUGGUGUUCGAUGUGCAAACUCGUCAACUUCUGGCUCAGCACGCCGACGGCACAGAGCCUAUUCAAGUGAUAAAGUUUUCGCCGAACGGGUCUCUAGUCGCUAUUGGUUCUAGGGAUAGUACCAUUUAUAUUUAUCAGAUUUCUGGUAAUGGUACGAAAUUCACUAGAGUUGGGCGAUGUUCAGGCCAUUCCAGUGCCAUUAUUCAUCUCGACUGGGCAGUGAAUAAUCAAACUCUUAGAUCGAAUUCUGUUGACUUCGAGUUACUCUUUUGGAAUACUGAAACUUGCAGACAAAUUCCCCAAGCUAACGUACGAGAUGUCGAAUGGGCGACGAAUACGUGUACCUUAACGUUUGAUACAAUAGGAAUAUGGUCGGAUUACACAGAAGGCCUAGACGUUAUUUGCUGCGAUCGAAGUCACGAUUCCGAGUUAUUAGUUACCGGAGACGACUUUGGGAAAGUCAAAUUGUACAGUUAUCCAACAAGUCAGCCUAAAUCGUUGUGUCAUACGUUCACUGGUCAUAGCAGCUAUGUAACAGGCGUUAAAUUUAUGAAGGAUAAUUCGAGAAUCAUAUCUGUAGGAGGGAACGAUACUGCUGUGGUGCAAUGGAGAGUAACCUAAUUGCAAAAUGCAUUAAUCACUUACGUGCCACAUUUUUAAAUAUACCUUGAUAUAAAAGUACUAUGUACUUACGAUUGUUCAUAACUCAUUUAAUUUGUAUAAACUACUAAAUCUACGAAUAAAUUUUAAGUGUAUAAAUUGCGUUUUGUUAACAUUUUAUUUAAAAAAAAUUACUAUGUACAAAAGUGGUAAUUAACAAUUAAACUAUUUACAACAAAUACACCUACAAUCUGUCAGUUCUUUUUUUCCCUGUUGAAAAGAUUCAAGUAUUUUCCACGGGUUACUUGUUUUGAUUCUUCGACCCCUAACUGAUAAGCAAUAUCGUGUAGUUCUUUUACUUUUCCUAUGAGAGCUGGUGCUGACAAAGUAGCC